AAGUAGUUGAAAGUUGAAACAAUCAAGGGUUGAGUGAUUGAGUCUGAGUUGAGAAACACAGAUAUGGCUUGCUGGUCUGCUGAAAAUGCUUCUAAAGCUUAUCUCCGAACCCUGAAGAUGGGAAAGAAUGCAAAGGAGCCAGACGUGGCCGAGUUCGUCUCUGCGCUGGCCGCAGGAAACAGCUCGCAACUGAUGGUGGAGGUAUGCGCGGGGGCUGCAGGCGCAACCACGCUAGCUCUAGUUGCCGCGGCUCAUCAGACUGGUGGGAAUGUGGUGUGCAUCGUUCCUGGGCUGGAGGAACUCCUUUCAUCAGAAGAAGCUCUAGGAGUCAAUGCCGAUUGCGUUGAGUUCGUGAUCGGAGAAGCUCGAACCCUCCUGUUCAAUGAUUAUAGAGGAGCGGACUUCGUUCUCAUAGAUUGUACUCUGGGGGACUACGAAGGUGUUUUCCGAGUAGUGCAGGCGGGUGCAAAGAAGAAUGGUGGGGCUGUGGUUGUGGGAUAUAAUGCAUCCAGCAGAGGCUCUGGGUGGAAAAGUGGAUCGAAUACGCAGUUGUUGCCCAUAGGACAGGGGUUGCUGGUGACCCGGAUUCCGGCAACCCCCAAAGUUGGUGAUGGUGGUAGUUCCAGGAGGAGUCGGUGGGUUGUUACAGUAGACAAGUGCACAGGUGAGGAGCAUGUGUUCAGGAUCACAUCUGCACACAGGAACGGGAUUCAAGCUUAGAUCUUUUGUCUCUAUAUAUGUUUAAAAGUUAAAACUCUUCCUGCUAGCCAGGUAAUAGAAUACCGAGCGGUGGGUUAGAACUUAGAACAAAUCUCCGCUGAGCGUUUGCUGUGAGAGAGUACAGAGAGAGCAAACUUGUAAAUAUUGCUUUGGACAUGUAUUACCCACAUAGCCUUUUUGUUUUUUGAGGGGUUUUCUUGUUCCUUACCUUGUAUUUAUCUUUGAAAAUUUUGUUAAUUAAGCAAACCCCUUGUAAUCAUUUCCAGAUUUUCUUUUCCGGCCGGUUGUCUAUCUUAGAGAGAGAGAGAGAGAGAGAAGAGACAUACAUUCUGUACCUCACUCAAGUACUGUGGUGUUCGCUCCAUUGAAUGUGAGAACACAAGUACUCUCUGCCUCUCUGGCUGUAAAUUAUCUCCUUACAAACGAUGCAAUGGACAGUAAGAAAUGAUUGUGACA